AAACACUCCAUUGUCCCUCAAUCAUCACACAGAGAGCCUGAACCUGUCUCCAGAUUUCUGAAAGCUUUGUAUAGCUUACACCGAGACAUGGCAAUGGCGACCCCAACGUGCCAGGCCUUAGUGAUCAUCCUGAUCGCUGUAGCUGCUGCAAUGAGCACGGCGUCUGGUACAGCAUUGCAGUACGACUUCUACAAGUCGUCGUGCCCAAAAGCCGAGGAGGCUGUCCGCAACGCCACUCAGAAGAUCAUCUCCAACGACCCCACCAUGGCUGCCGCCUUUGUGCGUCUCUUCUUCCAUGACUGCUUCGUCAGGGGUUGUGACGCUUCCAUUCUGCUCGACCAGUCCAAUAGCAACUCACAGCCUGAGAAGUUAGCCAUCCCGCUACGUGGUUACGCCGAAGUGAACAUGAUCAAGGGGGCCGUGGAGGCCGAGUGCCAAGGCGUCGUCUCCUGUGCCGACAUCCUCGCCUACGCGGCGCGCGACUCCGCCAUCCUCUCCGGCGGCUUCGGCUUCGCCAUGCCCGGCGGCCGGCGCGACGGAUUCGUGUCCAACUCGAACAACAUUUUUGGGAACCUCCCUGCCCCCAACAUGCAGGUCCAGGACCUCAUCACAAGCUUCAACAACAAGGGCCUCAGCUCCACUGACCUGGUGGCGCUCUCCGGCGCACACUCCUUUGGCCAAACGCACUGCUCCUUCGUCACGCCCCGGCUGUACCCCACCGUGGACACGACCAUGAACGGCAGCUUCGCCCAAGGGCUCAUGGCAGUGUGCCCAUCGCAAGGCGGUGGCGGCACCGUGCUGAACAACAACCGUGUGACAGAUCCCAACAGGCUGAGCAACCAGUAUUACACCAACUUGGCCACCGGGCAGGUGAUGUUCACGUCGGACCAGACGCUGACGAGCAACGCCACCACCAACAAGAUGGUGCAGGACAAUGCUGCCGACCCGGUCGCAUGGAUGGCACGGUUCGCGGCGGCGAUGGUGAAGAUGGGAGGUAUCCAGGUGCUCACCGGCAACCAGGGUGAGAUCAGGAGAGUCUGUGGCGCCACCAACAGUGGUAACUGAGGCUGGAAAGCAAGAUCCACUGCUAUUAGUUGUUUCCACCACUGUUACUCUUGCAUUGCAUAUAUGAGUUGCAGAUUAAUCCCAGUGCAACAUGAAGUUGUUUUUGUUGAUGCUGCUCUUCUAGCUUCAAAGAUGUACAAUUAAUUGAUUGAUUUCAUUCUCUUUUCCCAUUUUAGAUUUAAAUCUGUUUCUAGUGCCAUUUAUAUAAUGUUCCAUGGAGGUGCACAAGUUACCAUUCAUAAGGUUGCCCUUUUUUAAUCUUGACAUCACACUAUGCUCCCUAGCUUGGAAGA